AGGGCACGGAACCGAGUUUACCGGACAACGCGGCAGCCAUCUUGCCUUGGUCAUACCUUGGGCGUGUGUUGUGUUUGUGGUCUUUAUGACGUAGGUGUGCGCUUCAGACUUCACCCAUGCAUAGAGGACUUCAUGACUUUACCGAAUUGUAGUCUACAGCUUGUUUGCCUAGUGUUGGAAACGGACAUCAACUAGGGUGCACUCACCACACGUUGGGAAUUCAGUGUGCUCUAGAUACCUGUGCGAGGGUGGCAAGUGAAUGUAGUAUGGUCAGAUGUAUCAGAGGUUCACCGCUCAAAGUGUGAAUUUGUGACAGAGGUAACCUGCAGUAUGGCAAAUCUCGAGUGUCCUGCUUUGCCGAAGGGCUGGCGACGCGAGGAGGUUAUCCGCCGAGGUGGCCUAUCGGCUGGCAAAGUUGACGUCUACUACUACAGUCCCGGAGGAAAGAAGUUCCGCAGCAAGCCUCAACUGGCACGCUUCUUGGGUGAUGCCAUCGAUCUGAGCACUUUUGAUUUCCGCACUGGCAAGAUCAACUCAUUGCUGCUGCGCAAAAGCCGUAGGCAGCGAGGCACUCAGUUUGACUAUAGUCGAGGCAUCCGCAAUGAUGCCUCUCUUGUGCCUCCUAUCCGGCAGACAGCCUCCAUCUUUAAGCAGCCAGUCACUGUGGUACGGUCGCAGGAAGGCAAAGUGCGCUCAGACUUCAAGCAUGGCCCCCCGGACAAACCAAAACAGCUUUUCUGGGAAAAGCGGUUACAAGGUUUGCAAGCAUGUGACCGGGAUCAAGAAGCCCUUCAAAGUUUUGAGCUUCCCAGGAACAUGAAAGGUGUGGGCCCCAACGUCAGCCAGGAAACCCUUCUUCGGAGCAUAGCCACAGCACUGCAUAUGAGUGCCCAGCCUGUCACAGGACAGACUGGCUCACGUAGUGCACUCGACAAGCAUCCGGGCAUCUAUCUCAACCCGGACCAGCCCCUGGUUCAGGCCCUGAAUGUAACUGACGAAGACAUCCGGCGUCAGGAAGAGCAGGUCCAUCAUGCCAGGAAGAAGUUGCAAGAAGCCCUGGCUGAUCUGCCACCCUAGCUGUGUGCUUCAUGUAGCCACACUGCACAGAGAGAAGCCGAUAGUAAAUAACAAUGAUGUGACGACGUGACGUCUACUUCCGGUUGUCUUGGAGUCAGGGCGUGAAGGCUCUCCAACCUCUCCGCUAGCCACCUGGUCGUCGAUUGCCCGUGAGAGCUAUCCAAGCAGCGGUGGCAAGGCUGCUAAUUUUGAUCCAUUUAUACCAGCAAGCUGUGCCAAAAGUGCAUAGGCGCUCAUCAGAAGAGAUUCAUCCUCUCAUGACUAAUAAACCCAUUGUAUUAUAAGGCAGUAAAGAAGCACGGUACUAUUGUUCUUUCUA